AUGAGCGAUAUAGACGUGAACUCGGUCCAGAACUUGGAUGAAAACUCAAAGAAAGAGGUGGCCAACUUUAUCCAGCAACAGACUUCGAAGGCUAAAAUCCAGAAUUCGGUCACGAACUUCACGGAUAUGUGCUUCAAGAAGUGUGUGACAACUGUUAAUGACGGAAAUUUGGAUCGCAACGAGGAAGAAUGCCUUGGAAACUGCUUGAACAGAUUAGAGCAAGUAGCGAAUGCUGGAAUUUUAGUGAUACUAACACCAGAUGAGGUAGAUAAAUCAAUAAAAAGAGGACUCAAUGACCGGAUAUACGACAAGAGAAAGACCGCAGCAUUGCAGUUGGAGCGGGUGGUGAAGGAGUGCAUGGGCAAUGGUGAGAUGGACAAGAUUGAUCUCAUCAUUAAAGAGCUCAGGAGUAAUUAUGCGUAUGCUGUUCAUCAACCCAAUGCCAGGUAUGGAGGACUUAUUGGAUUAGCGGCAGUUGCCAUAGCGCUCGGCCAGAGUGAAGUUCCGAAGUAUUUGGAAGGAAUAAUGCAUCCUGUUUUGGCCUGUUUUGGGGAUCAAGACCCGAUGGUGCGAUAUUUUGCUUGCGAAGCACUAUACAACAUUGCCAAAGUAUCCAAGGGAGAAAUCCUAAUCUACUUCAACGAGAUCUUUGACGUGUUGUGCAAGUUGGUGGCAGAUCCGGAGAUGAGCGUGAAAAACGCAGCUGAUAUACUUGAUCGUCUAAUUAAAGACAUCGUGAGUGAAAAAGCAGCAACUUACGUCCCAGUGCUAUCAAUUCCCCCUGACACCUCCCCAUUGGCCACCAUGGUGGACCCGAGAACCGGGAAGACCCUGCAGGUGUACCAGCAGCAGCUGCCGAAGGCGUUUUCGCUUUCAAAGUUCAUCCCGUUGUUGAAAGAGCGGAUGUUUGCAACAAACCCGUACACCAGAAUGUUCCUCGUGAGCUGGCUCAGGUUGUUGGACUCGAUACCGGACUUGGAGAUGAUCUCGUACUUGGCGUCAUUCUUGGACCCACUUAUUUCCUAUUUGAGCUCAUCACUCGAAGACGUGCGUGUGGUGACUGAAAACUUCUUAAAGCUUCUUUUGCAUGAGAUUAAAGGGAUAUACGAGAUAAAGGACCUGGUGAAGAGUAAAGAGGGGCGGGAUAGUGAGAAGAAAGAAGCUGCAAAAGGUGAAGUGGAUAGUGCCAAAGUAGAAAAUCGGGAUGAUGAAGCUCACCGUAAAGAUGGAAAUGAUGUAAGUGGCAAAAAUACAGACAGCGGCGAUAAGAAUGGAGACAGUAACGAAGAAGAGAGCAGCAACAAGAGUAGAGACGAGGAUAGAGGCUCAGCAAACAACACAGAGGGUAUUGAAGUGGAAAAAGACGGCUUGUACAUCCCGGGACAAGAUGUGGAGAUCGACUGCCCGAAAAUCAUCGAUAUACUCAUCAACAACUUGGACUCUUCAGAGGAAACAAUCCAGCUGAUGGUGCUUGAGUGGCUAAGAACGCUUCUGGAGCUUUCGCCGCAGUCGUUUAUCAUCUUUAUGCCGAAAUUGCUCUCUGUUCUCUUGACGAUCAUCUCACACAACAAUUUCCAGCUUCAAAACCUGACGUUGGAGUUGAACACGAAGCUGAUGGGUUUGGCAUCGUCUGAGGAGGACAAGAUUAACUAUCCGAUGAUUGUGAACCAGCUCAGCCUGCAGUUUGUCAACGAUAACGAGUCGACAAGGCUUGCUGCACUUGAUUGGUUGAUAAUGCUUCACGAUAACAGCCCGAACAAGUUCUUGGAGCACUCAGACAACAUCUUUGUGAUGCUUCUCAAGGCAUUAAACGACUCUUCGGAGAAAGUGAUUGACAAGGACUUGGAGCUCUUGUCGAAGAUAUCGAACCAAAGCGACGAUAAGUACUUCCAAUCAUUCAUGGUGGACCUAGUUGAUCUUUUCAAGAAGGACCGCAAAAUUUUGGACUCCAAGGCCGAUUUCAUCAUUCGUACAAUCUGCAAAUCGUUGGAUUCCGAGCGAGUGUACAAGACUAUCUCGAAAGUUCUCUCCAAGGAGGAGGACAACCUCAAUUUUGUGUCGAUCGUCAUCCAGAUCUUGAACAACAACUUGAUUAUUGCCCCGGAACUCCAGCAUCUCAGACACAAACUCAUCAGAGGCGAGUCGGAGGACUUGUUUGUGGAUUUAUUCAGUUGUUGGUCGCUCAACUCGCCUUCCUUAUUAUGUCUCACAUUGCUUACAUCCAAGUACAAACUCAGCUGGGAGAUUGUCUCCAAGAUGGUCAACUAUGACAUCUCGCUAAACUUUCUCGUGCAACUCGAUCUCAUCAUCCAGUUGCUCGAAAGUCCAGUUUUUGCCAAGUUGAGAUUGGACUUGCUCAAUCCAAGGAGAAACAUGUACCUCUACCAGUGCUUGUACGGAUUGUUAAUGCUUCUUCCGCAGUCCAAGUCCUUUAAAGUUCUUCAGAACAGACUUGAGGCUGUGACUCCGAUGGCCAGUCUUCAACUUCAGGCUGAAAAAAGCUCAAAGGACAAGGGGAAAGCCGGAAAGCACUACAACAACAGUUCAAGCAACCUGAGUAUAGUCGGAAAGGCCGAGGAUGAUCUCAAUGAGAAGCUUCUUCAGGUUUUUGAUAGCUCGCAAAACAGACUCGAUGUGUAUAAACAGAACAACGAGAAUAAGCAGCAGCCUGGUGCUGCAGUUAUUCCUCAGGGAUCAGAGUCUGUUGAUACGCCGAUCGACUUUCAACAGACGCCGACUCACACAUCACCAUCUACCAAUGAGAAUGCGAAAAAGCCCAGUUACAUAGCUAAGUUGUCCGAAAGACUCGGACGAAAUAUGUAA